CAGGCUCCCCGCCCUCCUCGCAAUCUCAUGCACCCUCCUCUCUUCUCUGUGCUGGUCCUUCCAGCUGCACCCCUCCUCCCCCUCCCCGUCGCAGCAACAGCAGCAGCCAUUCAGCACACUCAGGAGGCCGUCAAUACGGCCCCUGGCUGCCAAAGCCAAAGGUGGCGCAGAUGUGGCCACCAGAGAGAAGAAGGAGAAGAAGCAGAAUGCGGCGCCGGCUGGUGCACCAGCCGCUGCUUCUCCCAGGGUGAUGCCGCUGCCGGCGUCGAUCGUCGACUGCAUUGCACAGGCUGCCGAGGCGAUUGAGGCGGGCUACCGUGACCGCAUCCCUUUGAUGGAGGUCGACUUCCCCCCGCUGCCAGCUGAUGUGCUCAACUCGGCGCAAACUGCUGAUGAUGACGUCUUCCGGGUCAGCCAGCCGGACAACACGAAACGCCACGCCUGGUUGGUGUGUAUUGCGUCUGUGUCUGUGCUCGCGGUGUGUGGGUUGGGUCGAUAUAUCAGGCGAAUCUGAAGUAUGCCGUGGAUCUGGCUGUGGCGCUUGUUGAUGAGAUGCGGCUCAACGUGACGGUGUACUUCAAAGACGCCGUCGACUGCGAGGCGGCCAUGAAGCUGCAGGGGGGCGGCAGCCAGCGGCCAUACCCCAACGUCACUCUGUCGUCCAUCAGAGUGGGAUAUGGACCCGCUGAGUCGAGAUGGGUCAGUCAGUGAGGAAACACACACACACACACACACACACACACAGGCAACACACGGUGUGUGUGUGUGUGGGUUCUGUGUGCUGCAUACAGGAUUCGGUAGCCAAGUUUUUGCAGGAGAACGUCUUCAACGUCAAGGGUGACCUGAACUAUGACGUGGCUGCCGCCGACAUCUACCUGCUCGUGGGCUUCGGGGGCUUCGCUUACGAAGACAUCCGGUGGCUGCACCAGCAGCGGCCCGACACGCCUAUCGUCUUGAUCAACUGCCUUGUCGACCGAAUCAGGUCGGCGAUCGAUGCACACAUAAUUGUGCUGCUUGGAAACGGUCCGUCUGAGCGUGUGUGUGCCUGCAGGGGUGACCUUGGUCUUGGCCGGUAUCCGCCAAAAGAGUUCCAUUACCAGUUCCUCUCACAAAUCAAACCGGUGAGACUGAUGAGAUAGAUCAUCGAGAACCACACAGACACUGGUCCCCAUUUCUGCGUCAAUGCGCGCCUUGCCUUGUGAACAGGUGUACUUUCUCAAGUUCCGCAACUUUGCGGAGACGGGGUUCGGCAAGGCGCCCAUCUUCUUCAACGGCAUCCUCUUCAGGGCCUACCCUGGCACCUGGCAGAGCCUGCUCGAAGUCGCAGCUGGCGAAUACAAGUAAAGCGACCAUCCAGACCUACACAUGGGUGCAUUGCAUCUCUCGUGUAUGCAGGUUGAUCAAGAACGAGGCAGACCGUCCGUCGUUCACUGAUGUGCGGAACGACCUGCUUGAGGCGGUGGGAGGUGACCCCAGCUACAGGGACAACGCGAAGCCGUGGUGGGAGGAAAAUUUUGAGGGCGAGGCCAGCGACGCGUGGAGGAAAUGAUUGGAUGGAUGACCAUGGGAGAGGGUGGCCAUGGGGGGGUUGAUCGCAUGGUGGGGGACUGCAUCAUGUGGACGUGAGAGAGAUCUUCUGUGAGAGGAUGGGACCGACACCCAAAGGGUCGUGGGUUCGUGUGGGUGGGCUGGGUUGAUUUGUUCUGACUUACGGCUCACUCAUUUUGUUUGCCAAGACGCAUUGCAAUGGACGCACCUGAACCAGACUGACUGUUGGUGCCUGUCGUCCUUUGAUCUGACCGUGCCACA